AUGUUGCUCAUAAGCCGUCUGGUUGGUGCUCUGGCUCUUGCAGGAACAGCCAUUGCUUCGCUGCAGAUUAUUCCCGGAGCUACAUGGACUGCUAGUGGUACUAACCAGCAUGUCCAAGCGCAUGGUGGAGGAAUCAUCGAAAUCGACUCGACCUAUUACUGGAUCGGCGAAAACAAGCUCAACGGAAGCGCUUUCCAGUCGAUCAACUGCUACUCCAGCAAGAAUUUGGUGGAAUGGACAUAUGUAGGAGAACUCCUCUCUCGACAGAGUAGCGGGGAUCUCGGGCCCAACCGUGUCGUCGAACGGCCCAAGGUCCUUUACAACGAGGCCACCAGCAAAUACGUGAUGUGGAUGCAUAUCGACGACAGUUCCUAUAAGGAGGCGAAGACUGGUGUUGCGACGUCGUCCAGUGUUUGCGGGAAGUAUACUUACCUCGGGUCGUUCCAGCCUUUGGGGCAGCAGUCGCGCGAUAUGGGUUUGUUCAAGGAUGAUGAUGGGUCGGCGUAUCUGCUCACUGAGGAUCGCCCGAACGGCUUGAGGAUCAACAGGUUGACCAACGACUAUACUAAUGUGACUUCUACUGUACACCUCUUUCCAGAGCACAUCGAGUCUCCUGCCAUGUAUAAAAAGAACGGGGUGUACUUCAUGUUUGGUUCACAGCUAACUGCAACCAACGACAACAAGUAUACCACAGCCACGAGCCUCAGUGGCCCCUGGAGCUCAUGGGCAAACUUUGCGCCCUCCGGCUCAAACACCUUCAACUCCCAGACGACCUUCAUCCUCGGCGUCGGCGACACAGUAAUGUUCAUGGGUGACCGCUGGGUCCCCUCCAACCUCAUGGCCUCAACCUACAUCUGGCUCCCUCUAACCCUCAGCGGAACGACCGCCACACUACAAAACCAAGUAAACUGGAUCCUCCCCCUGCAAGGCACAUGGACCCCCGGCCCCACCGAAACCAACCCAGAAGCCGAAUCCUCGACCAACGCCCUCUCCAACGGCGCAAAGAUCAUCUCCUGCAGCGGCUGCUCCGGCGCCCAAGCCGUCGGCUGGAUCGGUGGCCCGUCAGACGGGACGCUGCGGAUUGUAGGGGUGGAGAGUAGUGCCUCGACGAGGAGCACGAUCCGGGUUAAGUAUGAGAAUGGGGAUUCGAGUCAGCGGUAUGCGACGGUCAACGUGAAUGGCAAGACGCAGGUUCUGGCGUUUUUGCCAUCGGGUGGUAGUCCCGCGAGUUCGACGUUGCAUGUUGAUCUGCAGAGUGGGAGUGGGAAUACGGUUACCCUUAGUGCGUAUGGGCAGGGAUAUGGGCCGGAUGUUGAUCGGUUGAUGGUUCCCAAGACGUAG